CCCCCCAAAAAGCAGUGUGAGCCGCUGCAGUGUAUCUUCCCGGGCCGGGGAGAGUUCGGUUGAGAGGGUGCUGGAUGGUGGGGGAGUACCACUGAUGAGAGAGCGGGCGAAGGCUGGAGCUGUUCUGCUCGCAUUGGGAGACUAUUGCGCUUUCUUACUGGGAACACCACAAACGUUUUUCGUUUGAAUUUGCUGCGUUGGGUAACCGAGACGUUUGUGCUUCCGGUUUCCAGCGGUGAUGUCGCAGAGGAGUGGGCAGGAUGACCCGCAGCGGUACCUGUUUGUGGACCGCGCCGUGGUGUACAACCCGGCCGCGCAGGCUGACUGGACCGCCAAGAGGCUGGUGUGGGUCCCGUCGGAGCGCCAUGGCUUUGAGGGCGCCAGCAUCCGCGAGGAGCGCGGGGACGAAGUGAUAGUGGAGCUGGCCGAGAACGGGAAGAAGGCGGUGGUCAACAAGGACGACAUCCAGAAGAUGAACCCGCCCAAGUUCACCAAGGUAGAGGACAUGGCUGAACUUACCUGCUUGAACGAAGCAUCUGUGCUCCACAACCUCAAGGACCGAUACUACUCUGGCCUCAUCUAUACGUACUCUGGUCUCUUCUGUGUUGUCAUUAAUCCCUACAAAAAUCUGCCCAUCUACUCGGAUAACAUCAUCGAGAUGUACAGGGGCAAGAAGAGGCACGAAAUGCCCCCCCACAUAUACGCCAUCUCAGAGUCUGCAUACAGGUGUAUGCUUCAAGAUCGAGAGGACCAGUCUAUUCUUUGCACAGGCGAGUCAGGAGCUGGCAAGACAGAAAACACUAAAAAGGUCAUCCAGUAUUUGGCACAUGUCGCAUCGUCCCACAAAGGAAGAAAAGACCACAACAUUCCUCCUGAAUCCCCCAAAGCAGUAAAGCAACAGGCACAAAAUGGAGUUAGUGGACUCCUGUUUUAUGGCGAAUUGGAACGUCAGCUUUUACAAGCAAACCCCAUCCUGGAAUCUUUUGGGAAUGCAAAGACUGUGAAAAAUGACAACUCAUCUCGUUUUGGGAAAUUCAUCCGAAUCAACUUCGAUGUCACUGGAUACAUUGUUGGGGCCAAUAUUGAAACUUACUUGUUGGAAAAAUCCAGAGCAAUCCGACAAGCCAAAGAUGAACGCACCUUCCACAUUUUUUACCAGCUGCUGGCAGGAGCCGGGGAACAUCUCAGAUCGGAUCUUCUUUUGGAGGGAUUCAACCAGUACCGUUUCCUGUCCAACGGGAACCUCACCAUCCCCGGCCAGCAGGACAAAGACAACUUCCACGAGACCAUGGAAGCCAUGCACAUCAUGAGCUUCGGCCACGAGGAGAUCCUCGCCAUGCUGAAGGUGGUGUCGGCCGUGCUUCAGUUCGGAAACAUCGUCUUCAAAAAGGAGAGGAACACUGACCAAGCCUCCAUGCCCGAUAACACCGCCGCGCAGAAGCUGUGCCAUCUGCUGGGGAUGAACGUGAUGGAGUUCACCAGAGCCAUCCUGACACCCCGGAUCAAAGUGGGGCGAGAUUAUGUCCAGAAAGCACAGACCAAGGAGCAGGCGGACUUUGCUGUGGAGGCUUUGGCUAAAGCCACGUACGAGCGUCUGUUUCGCUGGCUGGUCCAUCGUAUCAACAAAGCUCUGGACAGGACGAAGCGUCAGGGCGCCUCCUUCAUUGGGAUUCUGGACAUUGCUGGCUUUGAGAUUUUCCAGCUAAAUUCCUUCGAGCAGCUGUGCAUCAACUACACCAACGAGAAGCUGCAGCAGCUCUUCAACCACACCAUGUUCGUCCUGGAGCAGGAGGAGUACCAGAGGGAGGGCAUCGAGUGGAGCUUCAUCGACUUCGGCCUGGACCUGCAGCCCUGCAUCGAUCUCAUCGAGAGGCCGGCGAACCCUCCUGGAGUUCUGGCUCUGCUGGAUGAGGAGUGCUGGUUCCCCAAAGCCACAGACAAGACUUUUGUCGACAAGCUGAUCCAGGAGCAGGGCACCCACGCCAAGUUCCAGAGGCCCCGCCAGCUGAAGGAUAAGGCCGACUUCUGCAUCAUCCACUACGCUGGCAAAGUUGACUACAAAGCAGACGAGUGGCUGAUGAAGAACAUGGACCCUCUGAAUGAUAACGUAGCCACACUUCUGCAUCAGUCCACUGACAAAUUUGUAGCUGAGCUGUGGAAAGACGUUGACCGGAUCGUGGGCCUGGACCAGGUGGCGGGGAUGAACGAAACGGCCUUCGGGGCGACCUACAAAACCAAGAAGGGGAUGUUCCGUACGGUGGGGCAGCUCUACAAGGAGUCCCUCACCAAGCUGAUGGCCACGCUGAGGAACACCAACCCCAACUUUGUGCGCUGCAUCAUCCCCAACCACGAAAAACGGGCGGGGAAGCUGGAGCCGCACCUGGUUCUGGACCAGCUGAGGUGUAACGGGGUUUUGGAGGGGAUCCGGAUCUGCAGACAAGGCUUCCCCAACCGCAUCGUCUUCCAGGAGUUCAGACAGAGGUAUGAGAUCCUCACUCCCAACGCCAUCCCCAAAGGGUUCAUGGAUGGAAAACAAGCCUGCGAGAGGAUGAUUCAGGCUUUAGAGUUGGACCCCAACCUGUACCGGAUCGGUCAGAGUAAGAUCUUCUUCAGAACCGGAGUUCUGGCUCACUUGGAGGAGGAGAGAGACCUGAAGAUCACAGACAUCAUCAUCUACUUCCAGUCUGUGUGCCGUGGAUACCUGGCACGCAAAGCUUUUGCUAAGAAGCAGCAGCAGCUGAGCGCCCUGAAGGUCCUCCAGAGGAACUGUGCCGCCUACCUGAAGCUGCGACACUGGCAGUGGUGGAGGCUCUUCACCAAGGUCAAGCCGCUUCUGCAGGUCACCAGGCAGGAGGAGGAGCUACAGGCCAAAGACGAGGAGCUGGUGAAGGUGAAGGAGAAGCAGCUGAAGGUGGAGAACGAGCUGGUGGAGAUGGAGAGGAAACACCAGCAGCUCGUGGAGGAGAAGAACAUUCUAGCAGAGCAACUCCACGCAGAGACGGAGCUGUUUGCUGAAGCCGAAGAGAUGAGGGUGCGCCUCCUCUCCCGUAAGCAGGAGUUAGAGGAGAUCCUUCAUGAUCUGGAGUCCAGGGUGGAGGAAGAGGAGGAGAGGAACCAGGCCUUUCAGAACGAGAAGAAGAAGAUGCAGGCCCACAUCCAGGAUCUGGAGGAGCAGCUCGAUGAGGAGGAAGCUGCUCGACAGAAGCUCCAACUCGACAAAGUUACGGCUGAAGCGAAGAUCAAGAAGAUGGAGGAGGACAUUCUUCUGCUGGAAGACCAGAAUUCCAAGUUCCUCAAGGAGAAAAAGCUGCUGGAAGACCGGAUUACUGAGAUGACCUCUCAGCUGACUGAGGAAGAGGAGAAGGCGAAGAAUCUGGGGAAGGUCAAGAACAAGCAGGAGAUGAUGAUGGUCGAUCUGGAGGAGCGUCUGAAGAAAGAGGAGAAAACGCGGCAGGAGCUGGAGAAGGCCAAGCGCAAACUGGACGCCGAGUCCAGCGACCUCCAGGACCAGAUCGCCGAGCUUCAGGCUCAGAUCGAGGAGCUGAAGAUGCAGCUGGUCAAAAAGGAGGAGGAGCUACAGGCCGCACUCGCCAGAGGUGAUGACGAGGCUCUGCAGAAGAACAACGCCUUGAAGCAGCUGAGGGAGCUGCAGGCUCAGAUAGCCGAGCUCCAGGAGGAUCUGGAAUCGGAGAAAAUAAGCCGAAGCAAAGCCGAAAAACUCAAGAGGGACCUGAGCGAGGAGCUGGAGGCUCUGAAGACAGAACUGGAGGACACAUUAGACACCACAGCCGCCCAGCAGGAGCUCAGGUCCAAGCGAGAGCAAGAGGUGGCAGAGCUGAAGAAAGCCAUCGAUGAAGAGGCCAAAAACCACGACGCUCAGAUCCAGGACAUGAGGCAGAGGCACGCGGUGGCGCUGGAGGAGCUGUCUGAGCAGCUGGAGCAGGCCAGGAGGUUCAAAUCAAACCUGGAGAAGAACAAACAGUGUCUGGAGAGCGACAACAAGGAGCUGGCCUGUGAGGUGAAGACUCUGCAGCAAACCAAGAGCGAGUCCGAGUACAAGAGGAAGAAGCUGGAGGCUCAGCUGCAGGAGUUCAGCGCCAGAGCCACCGAGGUGGAGCGGGCCAAAGGCGAGCUGAGCGAGCGCUCCAGCAAGCUGCAGACGGAGCUGGACAAUGUUUCUGCUUUGCUGGAAGAAGCGGAGAAGAAGGGGGUCAAACUCGCCAAAGAGGUGGACAACCUGAGCGGCAAACUGCAAGACUCUGAGGAGCUGCUGCAGGAGGAAACCCGGCAGAAGUUGAACCUGAGCGGCCAAAUCCGCCAGCUGGAGGCGGAGAAAAACAACCUGCUGGAGCAGCAGGAGGAGGAGGAGGAGGCUCGCCGCGGCCUGGAGAAGCAGCUGCAGACGGUGCAGGCUCAGAUGUUUGAGACCAAGAAAAAGCUGGAGGAGGACGUGGGGGUGAUUGAGGGUCUGGAGGAGGCGAAGAGGAAGCUCCAGAAAGACGUGGAGCUGGCCAACCAGCGCCUGGAGGAGAAGUCCAUCUCCUUAGACAAGAUGGAGAAGACCAAGAACCGCCUGCAGCAGGAGCUGGACGACCAGCUGGUGGAUCUGGACCACCAGAGGCAGAUCGUCUCCAACCUGGAGAAGAAGCAGAAGAAGUUUGAUCAGAUGCUGGCUGAGGAGAAGAGCGUCUCUGCUCGCUGCGCCGAGGAGCGCGACCGCGCCGAGGCGGAGGCCAGAGAGAAGGAGACCAAAGCUCUGUCCUUAGCCAGAGCUCUGGAGGAGGCGCUGGAGGCCAAAGAGGAGCUGGAGAGGUUCAACAAGCAGCUCCGCUCCGAGAUGGAGGACCUCAUGAGCUCCAAGGACGACGUGGGCAAAAAUGUCCAUGAGCUGGAGAAGUCCAAGCGAACGCUGGAGCAGCAGGUGGGGGAGAUGAGGACCCAGCUGGAGGAGCUGGAGGACGAGCUGCAGGCCACCGAGGACGCCAAGCUGCGUCUGGAGGUCAACAUGCAGGCCAUGAAGGCGCAGUUCGACCGGGACCUCCAAGCCAAAGACGAGCAGGGAGAGGAGAAGAAGAGGGCGCUGGUCAAACAGGUACGGGAGAUGGAGGCGGAGCUAGAGGACGAGAGGAAGCAGAGGACCCUGGCAGUCGCUGCCAAGAAGAAGCUGGAGGUGGACCUGAACGAGCUGGAGGGUCAGAUCGAAGCUGCCAACAAGGGCCGGGAUGAAGCCAUCAAGCAGCUGCGGAAGCUGCAGGCCCAGAUGAAGGACUACCAGAGGGAGCUGGAGGAGGCCAGGGCAUCCCGGGACGAGGUCUUCGCCCAGUCCAAGGAGAACGAGAAGAAGUUCAAGAGCUUAGAAGCUGAGAUCCUGCAGCUUCAUGAGGACUUUGCAGCUUCAGAGAGAGCCAGGAGACACGCCGAGCAGGAGCGGGACGAGCUGGCCGACGAGAUCUCCAACAGCGCCGCCGGGAAGUCGUCUCUGCUGGAGGAGAAGAGGAGGCUGGAGGCUCGGAUCGCUCAGCUGGAGGAGGAGCUGGAGGAGGAGCAGGGCAACAUGGAGCUGCUGAACGACCGGCUCAGGAAGACCAACAUGCAGGUGGACGGACUGAACGGCGAGUUGGCGGCUGAGCGCACCGCCGCGCAGAAGAGUGAGAACGCUCGGCAGCAGAUGGAGCGGCAGAACAAGGAGCUCAAAGCCAAACUGGCAGAGCUGGAGGGGGCGGUCAAGUCCAAGUUCAAGGCUUCCAUCGCUGCUCUGGAGGCCAAGAUCCAGCAGCUGGAGGAGCAGAUGGAGCAGGAGUCCAAGGAGAGAGCGGCCGCCAACAAGAUCGUCAGACGUACAGAGAAGAAGCUGAAGGAGGUGAUGAUGCAGGUGGAGGACGAGCGUCGCCAUGCCGACCAGUUCAAGGAGCAGCUGGAGAAGGCCAACUCUCGGAUGAAGCAGCUGAAGCGGCAGCUGGAGGAGGCCGAGGAGGAGGCCACCAGAGCCAACGCCUCCCGCAGGAAGCUGCAGAGGGAGCUGGACGAGGCCACGGAGGCCAGCGAGGGGCUGAGCCGCGAGGUCAGCUCGCUGAAGAACCGCCUCAGGCGCGGCGGUCCGGUCAGCAGCUUCUCUUCCAGCCGCUCCGGUCGCCGCAACCUCAACCUGGACGGCGCCUCGGUGGACAUGUCGGACGACGACGCCGACAGCCGCUCCGGCGACUUCAACGACACGCAGACGCCCACGGCGGAGUGAAGACGGCCGGCGGAUUCAGAUCCUGCACCAGAGACUCAUGGGAGCAAACGGACGUGUCUGCCUUACUAUUAUCAGUUUCUAGCAGUGGAUCAUCUCUGAGUCCUGAUAACCCCACCCCCGUAUCCCAUCAGGCAUUGCGUUAACAUGAUGAGACCAUAUUCACGUAUUCACAUCUACAAAGUGCUUUUUUAUAUCCGUGUGAAACUCCAGUCGGUUCAGGAUUAAAACGUUUGAUGUGCCCCUCCCCCUCCUGACUCUGGAAUUCAGGCUCCGCCCACUGCCUGAACUCCCUCUGAGGACGUUCCAUCUUCGUCUUCCUCAGGAAAACCUGGACUCUGAAGGGGAAAGGCUUUUACUUUGAAAAGCAGAGCUUAAAAAACACCUGGAAACCGUCAAGCUCCGCCCACUGGCGUCCUGAUGGUGGCGAAAGCAGAACUGCACAGAACAGCUGGAAUGAAGGAUGUAACUGGAAGCAUUAAAUAAACGCGCUUUGAUCAAAGAGACCGUCUCCGUUCACCUCACCAAGAUCCCUCCAGAUGAAUUAUGGGUAAUGUAGUUCUGUUAAAACUGUAAAUUCCACGAUUGACGUAAAAUUUACACUAGUUCCUUUCAGACGAGCGUUUUCUUCUGGAUUGGAGCUGCUUCGGUUUUGGUUCUGUGACUCGAAUGUAUUCGUGCUCUAACGUUAUGAUCAAAUCCAGAUUCUUCAUCAAUGUGACGAAAACCCGUAGAGCCCCGCCCCCUAACGUAAGCUACUAUCGGUAUGUUUCUUUCAAAGUGCCUUAGACACUAGACGAGAACACGAGUGGAAACGUACUCCAGAGAAACACUAAAGCAUCGUUUCAUAUCACCGGGUCAGAACCAGAACCGCAGUAUUAUGACAGGAAGUGGAGCGGUUCUGGAAAGCGCUCCGGUGCUGAGCCAGAACUUCUGCGCAGGAUUUGAUUUUGGUUGGAAGCUUUAACAUCCACGACUAGUUUCUUUUUCUUUUGUUUUUUUGUCAGUGAACUGCAGAAUCUCCGUCACCUUCCUUCCUUCCUGUAUUCCAAGACAGUAUUUUUGUUUUCCUGUUUGUUUUUGUAAAAGUAAAAUAAAGCAUUAUUCACUGUAGUCACUG